GUUUCCUAGGACCACCACAUGUUGCCUCUCUCUUUCCCUCCACGAGAAAAAGAGGUGUUAUUCUGGUUCAUGGGACCCCUUCCCUCCUAAUUCAUCAAUUCGUGAAGCAAUUCACGGACUACGAAAUUUCUCACCGUAAGAUUAUUCGCCGUUAUAUCAAACGGCAGCAGCGUCAUCUUACAAGGACAACCAGAUGAAGUACCCUCCUCUGCAACAACAUCAAAAGCUUUAGCGCCAGCUAUUUCCCUUCCACACAAUUAUUUGUUUCUCUGAAGCUCUUAUUCUCUUCUAACAGUAUCUGUCAACUCGACAACUCCACAAAUCCCUUCACCGGAAAAAAGAAUCGGAUCCGAGCUCUUACGGGUUGGUCUCUGAAUAGAGAUCCGACAAGCGAACGUCCAAAACUUCUUUUCACAGGUUUUGUUGGGUUGCCGACAGUAACGGCGCGCAGCUAAACCACUGCUUGCCUAAACAGAAGACCGAGUUAGAUUAUCAUCCACUGCUUUGAACGUGAGUGAGAAAUAAUAUUCAGCCAAAGUACUCUCAAGGAAAUGGAAUUGCAUGUUCUUGGUAAGUUCUCUCUAGGCGGCCAAUUUUUGAGUGUGUAUAUCUAUAAGCAGAAGUAGCAAUCUUGGUGGUUUUUUGUUGAUGGAGAUGAGUGGCUUUAGGCCUAGUGAAUCCACACAUGUAGCUCAGCAAAGCCGCCGUGAUAAGUUGCGAGUUCAACAAACAUCAAACCUAUCCCAUCAUCAUUUAGAUCAUAAUGUACCGAACAAUUCACCAACCCACCAAAACCCAGAUAUUGUUCAAGUUCGAAAUGUCAGAAAUGCGAAUAAUUUACUUUUUGAUCCGACCCUCUUCUCCCCAGAACUUCUCAAUUUUUCGAUAAAUGCAAAUCAUGCAUUUGCAUCAUCAGCUCAAGAUUUAGGUGACGAGAGUCCUCAGAAUUAUGGUAAUUGGAGAAAUCUAAACCCACCCCAAAGCUUAGAUAAUUGGGUUACCAAUUACACGAGUGGUACUACUUCAAACCACCAUAUGUUUGUUAGGGAAGUAAGUAACAUUUCUCCAUCCACACCAUCAAAUUUAAAGCCUGGUACUUACCAUGGAUACCAGCAAUUUUCUUCUCCACCUCCAAUUUACCAUAAUACCCUCCAAGAUGUUGUCACUACAGCUUCCACCGGAGGAAGCCAGCAGGAUCAGCUAGAAAUGGCUUCAUGGACUCAAGGCUAUGUAAAUCAAUCCACUACAUUGGGAUUCGAUAACUCGAGUUCUUGGAUGGAUCGUCCAAUUGGGAGUAAUCGCCAUAACUGGAGCGGGGGCGAAGAAUUGAGAUGUGCUAUGAGUGAUUAUUCCAAUCAACAAGGCCUGUCUCUAUCACUUUCUUCAAAUCCUCCACCUUCACAGCAAUUGCAAGCAAGUACUACUGGGAAAUCUGGCGGUUACUUAUGUUCGAUGAUGAAGCCAUCAAUUAUAAGCAAAGCGUAUGGAACUAGCAAAUCACUUCAAGACGUAGUUGGGACUAGUGCUACUUCUACUAGUAAUGCUGCAUAUCAUAGAAGCACGGGUCCUCUUGGUCCUUUCACUGGAUAUGCAACGAUUUUGAAGAGUUCCAAGUUCUUGAAACCGGCACAACAGCUGUUGGAAGAAUUCUGUAGAGUUAGUAAUUCGAAAGAAUUCAAAACGUGCGAGGCGUCUGAGAGGAUAUCUGGGGAUCAAGCCAGUGCUUCUGCUUCUGUUUCCGUUACAGUCUCGAAUGAUCAAGCUGCUAAUACAACUCAAAAUUCCGUAGUUGCUAAUAUGGGGAGAAAUAAUUCUGGUGCAUCAUCCUCUGCAUUUUACGGUUCGAAUGAAAUUAGCAGUGAUGGUGGAGCUGCUGCUGCAAGCACGUCUUCUGAGUCGUUUAGGCCGGAGUACCAACAGAAGAAGGCAAAGCUCCUAUGCAUGCAGGAGGAGGUAUGCAGAAAGUACAAGCAAUAUCAUCAACAAAUGGAAAUGGUGGUCUCUUCCUUUGAGUCAGUUGCAGGUCUCAGUUCUGCGACUCCCUACAUGUCGUUGGCUCUCAACACAGUCUCAAGACACUUCAGAUGUCUUACUGGUUCCAUCAAAGAUCAGCUCAAGCACAUAAGAAAAGCUUUGGGGGAGGAUUUCUCAUCAGUCAAGAUUGCCAGUAAUACUGGCGGUAAUAGUAGAAGUGAUAAAACCAUGGGCAAGCUAAAGUAUAUGGGCCUCGGCUUGCAAAAGCAUAAAGCCGCGGCUGGGGUCGAUGCCGGCUUCUCUGAACCCCAACAACACGUCUGGAGGCCCCAGAGAGGCCUACCGGAUCGUUCAGUGGCCAUCCUUAGAGCAUGGCUCUUUGAUCAUUUUCUUCACCCGUAUCCAACGGACACAGAUAAGCACAUGUUAGCCACUCAAACCGGUUUGUCUAGAAACCAGGUGUCAAACUGGUUCAUAAAUGCCCGAGUGCGUGUAUGGAAGCCAAUGGUUGAAGAAAUACACAUGCUUGAGACUCGAGGAUCCAUGGAAGCUUGCCAAGAUCCUGGGAAAGAUGGAAAUUCUCCAACCGAAGGCACCAGCAGGCCAAACAAUGAGCAACUUGGCAUGCAUCAUGUUAUAACUGAUAGGCAAUUGGAAUCCUCUGGUGUAGGUUCCUUGCGAGAUGCACCGAAUGUAGAAGAAGUAGACCGAAGUCAGGAGAUCAAGAGGUCCAGAAUAGAAUGUCAAGUUCCGUCAAGCAUGGAUGGUGCAUUGAUGGGUUUUGUGCCAUACAAUCGAAGCGGGCUUGAGGUUGGGGGACUUGGAGCGGUGUCACUGACAUUGGGGCUCAGACACGGUGUGGAAAACGCCCAACAGCAGCAGCAGCAGCAACAAUUGCAUCAACAGGAGGAAUAUCAGCUUAGGCGGCAACUUGGAGGUCACAUGAUUCAUGAUUUUGUGGGUUAAUUCACUUGUACCAUGGCAACAUUGUCGGCUGAAGUAUGGCAGAAAAUAAGGAGGAGAAGGCAGCUCCAGUUAUCCCAGGCUCCGGUUUUGGUACACCCUUUUAAGCAAUGUAGUGGUGUAUAUGAAUAGGUUCAGCAUCUAAGAUCUGUUUAGGUCAUUCUAAAGGGAGUGAGCUUGAUGGGAUGAUAAUGAGCUAGAAAGAGGAGCUUGGAUGAUACUUAGGCUGCGGUGCGUAAAUCACGACCAGAUGAAAUUUGUAUGUCUGACCAAAAUAAAAAACAGAGAAACAAAUUACAAGGAAAAAACAAAAAUUGAAAUUUAAACGUAGGCGGAAAAUCAUCCACCUCUAGCCCGAGUGAUUAAUGAGGGAGGUCAAUGCCUUUUACCUUUCUCACACUUCUGCGAGUUUUAUGCUUCCUAUUGUCAUCACCUUUUCCCCGAGAUUAUCAGAAAUAAUAAGGAAAUGUGCAUCGGAUGCGUCUUAAGUUGA